AUGACUGACAAUAAGGUUAACAUGGCCUUAGAUGACAUUAUUAAAAUGAACAAACAACAGAAAAAGGGCAAAGCCCCUCGUAAUGUAAGAGGCAAACAACAGAAUCGCAACGUUCGUAAAGCUCCAGUACGCAAAGGAGCUGCUGUUAAAAAAGGAGCGGCAACAUCUUUAUCUAGCGUUCAGACAAAAAAGCUCGUUCAGAAGCUUGUCAAGAAAGCUCUGAAAACGCGCAUGGCUGCAGCACAAAGAACUAACGCCCCUGUAAGGCGUGGAGGAGUUCGUGCUCGAGGAAUUUCUGGGCGUCCUGCUCUGGCCCGUGUCAAUAUUAGAUCUCGAGCCAUUCAAAGACGUGCUGUUAUUCAGCCCACUACCAUCGUUCGUCAAAAUUAUGUUCAACCUCCAACUGUUGUUUACCAAGACGAGUAUGUUGCCUCUCCUCCUAGAAGAAGAACUGUCCCAGUGGUCAGAAGAAGAGUAGUAGCACCUGUUGUAACUCAACAAGUUUUCACCUCUCGCAGAGGAAAUCCCCGAGGUGGAAGAGUUAGAUUGACCGGUGGUACCGUUGUACCUGCAAACAACUUUGGGAAUCAAAGACCUGCCAUUCGUCGCGUUGUCAUAGCUCAGCAGCCUCCUCGCGUACAACGUGUACAACGUGUACAACGUGUACAACAAGUUCAACAAGUUCAACAAAUUCAACAAAGAACUAUUCGUAGAAGGGCUCCUCAGCAACGUGUGGAAUACGUUCAAACCGUUCCUCAAAGAACACGAGGAAACGGUAAUGCAAGGUUCCGAAAAAAUGAACGUUUUCGAACAGCGAUUGGGGGUGGGAAUCGUGGAUUCUCUAGUCAGAAUGUUGAUCGUUUUGAACCAAUCACGAGCUUUAUGGAUUCUGGAAGUGUCAUUCGUCGCGGCCGUGGAUUCAACAACAAUUAUUGA